CCAACAUGGCCGAUCAACAAACACCGGAUACUUCCAGCAGCACAGGGACUUCUUCAAGCUCACAGAGCCAGAGUGUUCAUUCAUCGGCGAGUAUGGACUCGGCAGGAACAGCUGCUACACUUCCAACCCAGGAUGUUGUUGAUGGAAUGUCAGAUGAAGAAGAACUAAAGGUGUCAAGUUGGGGAAGACUGUUCCCGCUUGGCAUCGGUUUUGAAAAGAUUGAUCUUGAAAAAGAUGUGAAUACAUUUGGCCGUGGCACCAACAAUGAUAUCUGCUUUGAACCCAGAGCAUUUAAGAAGAAUCCACAAUAUCAGGCAAUUAGUACAAAACAUUUUAAAUUAUACAGGGAGUUUGAUGGAAAUGGAACAUUUAAUGUGUUUCUUACUGAUCUUAGUUCAAAUGGAACUUUCAUUAAUGGGCAAAAGAUUGGAAAAAACAAUACACAUCCAUUGAAUAACAACGAUGAGAUAUCAUUAUCUCUAAAGAAACACAAAGCUUAUGUAUUUCAGAACAUAAAUCAAGCUGACAAGGAAUUUAGUUCACUACCAGAGGAUUUAAAGGAGAAGUAUGUUAUGUCUAGAGUCCUUGGAAGGGGUGCAUGUGGUGAAGUUCGCUUAGCAUUUAGUAGGGGAUCCUGUGAAAAAUUUGCAGUCAAGAUUAUCAGCAAAAAGACAUUUUCUGUUGGGCCCAGGCAAGCAGCUCUAAGAGAUGAGGUUGAAAUUUUGAAGAAGCUUCACCAUCCCUGUGUGAUCCGAAUUGAAGAUGUGUUUGAAACUGCAGAAGUCCUAUACAUCUUUUUAGAACUUGUAGAAGGUGGUGAGCUGUUUGACCGAGUCGUUAGUGUCACAAGAUUUGAAGAACCAAUAGCAAAACUUCUGUUUUACCAGAUGCUUGUAGCAGUAAAGUAUUUACAUGAACAAGGAAUUACUCAUAGAGAUUUAAAGCCAGAAAAUGUCCUUUUGAGUUCAGAGAAGAAUGAAACUGUAAUCAAGAUUACUGACUUUGGACUGUCCAAAGUAGUGGGAGAACAGAGUUUAAUGAAGACAUUGUGUGGCACGCCUAGUUAUCUGGCACCAGAGGUCCUCUUGACAGCUGGCAUGGGAGGGUACUCUAAAGCUGUUGAUCUGUGGAGCUUGGGUGUCAUAUUGUUUAUAUGUCUUGGAGGUUACCCUCCCUUCUCAGAAGAAAUAAAGAAGCACACACUUCACGAGCAGAUUGUCAAAGGCAUCUACUCUUUUCCAAAAAGUUACUGGAAAUCUGUCUCACCUGAAGCCAUCGAUCUAAUUAAGAAACUUCUAACUACGGAUCCGCAGAAAAGAAUAACUGUGGAUGAAGCUCUGCAACAUCCCUGGAUUUCAAAUGACGAAAAAGUAAUCGAAAAGGCAAAUCAGCUGAUGGCUGCAGUGAACGCUGAUAUGCCUCCGCCUUCUGGGCCUGUUCUAAAGAAGAGGCACCCUUCUGAUGAGGAUGACAGCACUGGUCCAAGACGAAAACGAAUUUCCACGGAUGUUGUCGAGAGUGAUAGUACCACGAUUCUGUCGUGACCGAACCAAUUGCAGUCACGCAACGCCGAGGAAAGGAUGAUUGUUUUUAUGAAGAACCGUUGAUGGUUGAUGUUAUUUGUUGGUGGAAAAGGAAGCUACACAUUCUAAUAACUGAGUUGGGGAAUUAAGCGAAACUUUGAAAUAGGAACUACAAACUGAGAGACAUUAGUACACCCAUAAGAUAGUUUACCAGCGAUAGAUAUAGAGAUAUAUAAUGAAUCAUUUCUUACUCCUAGAAAGGUGAUCAUUAAUAAAUUUUUAUGCUUGUCAAACAAGAAGAUUAUUGUUCAAUCUUGAGCUUUUCAUAGCUCAGGUAUUAAAGGAAAUUUUUUGAAAUUA